UCAAUGCAACUUUAGGGAUUAUUAGUUAUGACUUACCAAUUUUAGUGUGAUAAUGUGAAUUUAUGAAAUCACGUGACAUUCCUUUUUUCAAGCCGCCGUGACUGCAGGAAGAAGAAGGAUUUCACAUAGUGAGGGGAGCACCCGAAAAAUAAAAAUAAAAAUGUACCAAAACCAAGGCAGAGGAGGACAGAGACGUCAACAGUACCCACGUGUAGAGCAGGACCCAGAGGCAGAACAAUUCAGAAAAAUCUUCAUAGGAGGUUUGAGUUACGAGACAAAUGAAGAAGGCCUGAAAGAGCACUUUGGGCAAUGGGGCGAGAUUACAGACUGUGUUGUGAUGAAAGAUCCCAAUACAAAAAGGUCAAGAGGUUUUGGGUUUAUCACUUACAAAUAUACAUCUGAAGUGGAUGCCUCUCAGAAAAAUCGGCCUCACAAAAUUAACAACAGGGAUGUAGAGACAAAACGGGCCAUGCCAAGGGAGUUUAAUGAGCCCCAAGAGUCAACAAAAAAGAUGUUCAUCGGUGGUCUAAAGGAUGACACUGUAGAAGACCAGGUCACUGAAGUCUUUUCUGGUUAUGGAGAAAUUGAAGAAGUGGAUCUCAUUCGGGAUAAGGAAACCAACAAGGUGAAAGGAUUCGGCUUUGUUGUUUUUAAGGAUACUGACUCAGUGGACAAAUGUGUUUUAAAGAAGUUCUUCACCCUGAAUGGGAAGGAUGUAGAAGUAAAGAAGGCCAUUGCCAAGGAGAAUCAAAGAGGUGGAGACUCUGGUGGCCGUGGGGGACGUGGUGGGGGACGAGGAGGCAGAGGUGGUGGAGGUCGGGGAUUUAAUGACUGGAACCAAGGUGGUUUCAACCAGGGUGGUUACAGUCAAGGAAACUACGGAAACAAUUACGGAAACCAAGGUGGUGGUGGUGGUGGUGGUGGUAGUGGUGGAUAUGGAAGCAGCUAUGGUAAUCAAGGAGGAGGAUGGAAUCAGAACAGUGGUGGUAGCAGUGGUGGCUAUGACAACUAUGGUGGUGGAUACGGUAACCAAGGAGGAAACAACUAUGGUGGUAAUUUUGGCCAGAAUUAUGGAGAUAAUUAUGGAGGUGGCGCCAUGAAGAACAGUUACUCUAACCGUGGACAGGGACCUUAUGGAUCAGGUGGAUACAACAGUGGUGGUUACAACAGACGAUGAGGUUCAUUAAAGAUCAUCAACAGGUGUACUCCUCAGGCAGGUAUAGAGAAAGCAAUAUUACCAGCAGAAGUAAUACAGGCAGGCAGAUUCUCAGGAAAUCAUACAUAGCUUGGUAGCUAGCCUAAAGUCAUAGGUUAUGAUCAGCUCGCUACAGCAUUGUGACAACUACUGGAUGUACAUAUGUAACUGCCUCCUUCGGGUCUUAACAUAUAGUGGACUAGUUUACACAUAGUGCCCUUCAUUAAUAUCAUUGAGGCAUAGACUUAAAAAGGAUUUGUAUGGCCCAGUGAGCAGCAUCCCUUAGCAUAGGACCAUGUCCACCAUAACAAUCCUGAUGUGUAUGAAGGCAUAUUGUUACAAACCCUGAACAGUAUAGUGCUGUAGUGACCUAUUCACUAUGCUACGAAGCUAUGAACGACCGUGUCCCAUGUUAUAGAGUUACCUUCAGUUAAGGUAGAGCUCCAUUUCACAGACUAAAUGGAUUUUAUCCAGGAUUAUUUGUGUUACUACUCUGGAGACUCUGCUGUAAGCUGAAUAAUCGUGUUGAAAUGCAGGAAUUUGAAUUGCUUUUAAAUAGACCAGUCUGAGGAUUACAUCUACUCUUCAUUCAAUCCUUUCUUCGUCAGUGCAUCUCAUUUAUGUAGAGGAAAGAAAUCUCUACUUUAUAUUUUCCCAAUGUCUAUGUUGUACCAUCAUUUAUCAUGCGUGUUGUCGUUUUAAUGUAAUAGCUCCUCUAGCAGGAAAGAUCGAGGAAUAAAAUUUAAUAAAAACUAGGAUUUACA